AUGGACCGGGACCAGGAGUCCAGCAUCAGGACCAGAGCGGGAUCUUCCUCUGGUCUGCAGAAACAUAAAUGCAAAGAGAGACACACAAGUUAUCGUUGUGAUCCCUGCAAGAAAGUCCUCACCACUUCAUCAGGUCUGAGAAAACAUAAGAUGAUUCACACUGGAGAUAAACCGUUCAGUUGUGAUCAGUGUGGAGCAGCUUUUACCAGAAAAUAUCAUCUAAAGAUUCACCAACGUGUUCACACUGGAGAAAAACCUUUCAGUUGUGAUCAGUGUGGAGCAGCUUUUACCCAACAAAGUAAUCUAAAGAUUCACCAACGUAUUCACACUGGAGGAAAACUGUUCACUUGUGAUCAGUGUGGAGCAGCUUUUACCACAUCAAGUGAUCUAAGGACUCACCAACGUGUUCACACUGGAGAUAAACCAUUCACUUGUGAUCAGUGUGGAGCAGCUUUUACCCAACAAAGCCAUCUAAGGACUCACCAACAUAUUCACACUGGAGAAAAACCGUUUAGGUGUGAUCAGUGUGGGGCAGCCUUUACCACAUCAAGUCAGCUAAAGAUUCACCAACAUAUUCACACUGGAGAUAAACCAUUCACUUGUGAUCAGUGUGGAGCAGCUUUUACCACAUCAGGUAAUCUAAGGACUCACCAACGUAUUCACACUGGAGAUAAACCGUUCACUUGUGAUCAGUGUGGAGCAGCUUUUACCCAACAAAGCCAUCUAAGGACUCACCAACAUAUUCACACUGGAGAAAAACCGUUUAGGUGUGAUCAGUGUGGGGCAGCCUUUACCACAUCAAGUCAGCUAAAGAUUCACCAACAUAUUCACACUGGAGAUAAACCGUUCAGAUGUGAUCAGUGUGGAGCAUCUUUUACACAACAAAGUAAUCUAAGGACUCACCAACGUAUUCACACUGGAGAUAAACCAUUCAGAUGUGAUCAGUGUGGAGCAGCUUUUACCACAUCAAGUUAUCUAAGGACUCACCAACGUAUUCACACUGGAGAAAAACCGUUCACUUGUGAUCAGUGUGGAGCAGCUUUUACCCAACAAAGCCAUCUAAGGACUCACCAACAUAUUCACACUGGAGAAAAACCGUUUAGGUGUGAUCAGUGUGGAGCAGCUUUUACCAGACAAGAUCAUCUAAGGAUUCACCAACGUAUUCACACUGGAGAUAAACCGUUCAUUUGUGAUCAGUGUGGAGCAGCUUUUACCAGACGAGAUUGUCUAAGGACUCACCAACGUAUUCACACUGGAGAAAAACCAUUUAGGUGUGAUCAGUGUGGAGCAGCUUUUACCACAUCAGGUAAUCUAAUGACUCACCAACGUAUUCACACUGGAGAAAAACCGUUUAGAUGUGAUCAGUGUGGAGCAGCUUUUACCACAUCAAGUUAUCUAAAGAAGCACCAACGUACUCACACGAGUGAUAAACUCUAAAGAUUUGAUCAGUAUGAAGUGUGGAAUUGCAAAAAACACCUCAGCACAGCAAAAAGAAAAAAAAAAGUAAUCAGUAAAAAAAUAAUCAGACAACGUCAUACCUAAAACUUGAAAGACUAACAUAUGA